UGCGUCUCUCACCUCGUUACUCGUCAUGUCUUUCGACGUUGCGCGGUGUAUUUCACUGCACAACACUGUUGUUUCACGUGCCAUCGCUCAGCUUUCCGAGGAUUUGCAACUCACCAUUAUCAGGAACUGGUUCACUGCGUACAACGUCAAGGCAUCGAAUCCUGGCCUUCCUGUUCAGCUGACGGUGCCCCUCAAAGAGUUCUUGUCCGGUAUCGACAUUGUCAAGCCCCGCAGUCAUGGCCGUCGCGUAGCCUUCACGCCGUUUCUGGAUAUGGUUCGAUUAUACAGAAACAAUGGAGAAGAUCCAGGUGGUCUUGUUAUGUAUCUCGAUGAGCACACUGUGUCCUUUCUUGAGACAAGUGAGGAUGAGCCGGGAGGAGUUGGCUAUGGCCCCUUUGAAGGCACGUUGAGGCGCCAUCUCAGUUACAUUGAUGCUGGGAAAUUCUUCGUCGACACCUCUCCUCAGCUCGGAAGUUGGGGAGAUACAAUGUCUAUUCAAGGUUGGCGGUACCAAGGCUAUAUUCCAUUCGAAAUGGAAAACACGUUGGAUCUCUGGAACCAAGUCGUCGACAGCAUCGCUUCUAGGAUGCCUGGCUCACCGACAACAGAAACGGACGAAGUCUUGAUUCCUCUGUUCGUCCUCGAUCGCUACCAACCGAUCCCAUUAUUCGCAAGGGAGUUCUUAUCUCGAGCAAGGAAACAUGAUUGCCCCAGAGCUUCAGGUUCCAGAUGAAGAGUUCAUCCACCGUGUGGGCUUCCAGCUUGGUCAGCACUACCCAGCAGCAACGGAUCCAUUGCAAUUGCGACAUCUCACAGCAAAUUUCCUGCUCUUCCCUUGGAAAACACACGGUGUCCCUUUCGUUUCUCGAGACGACGAAGAUCGAUGGGUGCGCAAUCGAAGACUACUGGACGACCGUGCAGGUCUGUACAUCUCCCCUGACGUUAUGACCAAUACCGUAACCAUGCUGC